AGGGCGUAAUUGAAUCAUGGGUGGAUCAAAGUCAACUCUACAACCUCUAAGCAAUCCAGAGAGUUUACACCAAUCGCAAAGUCCUCAAACAGCCUGGCUUCAAAGCAGCUCAUUCCACUGAGAAACUUCAAGUUGCUUAGAUCAGCCUAAGUGUCAUCAGUCCUCAUCAUCCUCAACCAUUCAGCAGGGUUUGACACUCAGUCAGUCUACCACAAGUCCCUCCUGUUCACCCUCAAGAGUCUUGAAAUUUGUGGCACAUUAUGGCAAUGGGUUCAUUCCAACCUGGAGUGCUGUUUAUAUCAGGUGAAGUGGAGCAGAUCUUCACACAGACUCUUCAGUGGUCCCACAUGGCUCACUACUCAGUCCUCUUCUGAUCUCCAUCUGUAUUCGAUCUCUUGGUGAAGUCAUAUACCUACAUGGGUUUUAUACCUCUGCUCUGGAUGACGUUCAACUCAUCCUCCUCUUCCCUCCCUACUGUUUCUGCAGCAUGUCAGCUUUAGGUAAUCCAUGGAGGCCAGAGAAUUGGAGUGAAAGAGAAACCAUGUUACAGACACUGAGAGAGUUUAAGGCAAAUCAACGUGUUGAACAUCUCAGGAUUCUGUGUGUUGGACCAGCAGGUGCUGGGAAGUCAACUUUUAUCACCUCAGUUAAUACUGUAGUCCAAGGUCGCAAUACUUAUCUCGCUCAUUCACUCUCUGAUGAUACAAGUGUCACAUGCCAGUACACUGUCUACAAGAUGAACAAAGGCACAGAUGGAUCUUCAUUUCCAUUUGUGUUCGGUGAUAUGAUGGGUCUUCAACAAGUACCAGGUGGUGUACGCACAAACGACAUCAUCAGCAUUCUGAAAGGUCAUAUGCAAGAGGAAUACACAUUUAAUCCUUUGAAGGAUCUGACUGCUGAGAGCAAUUACUUCAACAAAAACCCAAAUCUAGAAGACAAAAUUCACUGUCUGGUGUUUGUUCUACCAGGAGAUAAUAUUUUCAUUUUAAGUCCUGAAGUAAAAAAUAAAAUGAAACAAAUUCUGCAAGAAACACAGAAAUUAAGGAUUCCUGUAGCUGUUAUCUUGACCAAGGUGGAUGUUACAAGUCCACUUGUCCAAAAGAACCUGAAAAUGAUUUAUAGGAGCAAAAGAAUCAAGGAGAGGAUGAAGGAGUGCAAUAGGAUUCUGGGUAUUCCACUGAACUACAUCUUCCCUGUAAAGAACUAUCAUGAGGAAAUCAACAACAACGAUGAGAUUGAUAUUCUGAUUCUUACAGCAAUGACAAAUAUUGUGAAUUUUGCCAAUGACUUUGUGACUAGAAAAGUGUAAAGGUUGGUGUGCACUUAAGGUGUGUGUGUGUUUAAUCCCAUCUGCUACUGUAUGCAAUGUUUUUUUUUUUAUUAUUGAUUUAUUAUGCCAAAUGAGAACUUUAGCAGGUGACAAUGCUUAAAGCAUGAACAGAGAAAUCUUGAGAAAGUCAUGUGCGUGUUAAUUAAUAAUCACCAUGUUAAUCAAUUACAGUUAGUUAUCAUUCAUUCAGGGUUAGAAUAUGGGUUAAUCGAGAAAGUUGAUAACCAGCAUUAUAAAGCCUAUUAACCUUAAAUUAACCAGAGUUGUUUUUUGUCAAUUCAGAACUCGGCAACUCUGUUUGUUCAACCUUUUGUGCAAUGCGCCUCUGAUUAUUAUCUGUGACUCCUUCAGAGGAAAUCAGCAAUUAGAAAUUCAUAUCUGGAUUUUAUAUAUUUUUGUAUAGCUGCUACUCUCUCUCUCCCUCUCUCUAGGGAUUAGGGAUAAGUACAAAUAUUUUUAAAUACAAGUCUAAUAUUAAUCUUCAACUUUUGUACUAUAUUUCUUAUGUACUGUAAAGCUGCUUUGAGACGAUGUCCAUUGUUAAAAGCUCUAUACAAAUAAAUGUGUAUUAAAUAGAAUUGAAUUGAAUCUCUGAACAUAGAGAUGAAAGAAGUUAUAUAAUUUCUCUGACAGGCUAUACUCCAUCAUUCACAAGCACUUUAUCCCGGUCAGGGGUGUGACGCAUUUGGAACCUGCCACAGGAACCCAGGACAUGAGGUUGGAAUACAACAUAGGACACUGACUCAUUGCAGCCAUUGCAGGGUGUCAUGCACACACACAUUUUUGGAAAGGGAAGACAACUUCUUGGUUCAGGGAGAUUUUGAAGAUGUCUGUGACAGCAUCUGCAAGCUUAUCAGCACAUUCCUAAGCACCCAUCCUGGUAUGUUAUCAGGGCCUGCAGAUUUCUGUGACUGACAGUGGCUCAGUUUUCAGACAUCUAGGUGAAGUUCGUUCCACCACCUAGGGGCCAGAACAGAGAAGAGUCUUGAUGCAGGUCUUCCUUGUUCCCUGAGAGAUGGUGGGAUCUGUGGAGCAGUGCUGAAGGAUGGAGAGAGUGUGGUGCAGUAUGAGGUGUGAUAAGAGCUUUGAGAAAAGUGGGUACUCAUCCACUUUUGGCUUUGUAAGCAAGCAUCAGUGUUUUAUAUUCUGAUGUGGUUAGCUACAGGAAGCCAGGGAAGGGAGUGUAGCAAUGGGGUGGUGCAACACUAUGUGACGUUUAUAAUAAUGGUGUAAAUGUUUAAAUUUU